GCCGUUUCUAUGGCGGCGGCAGGGGGGAGCUACGAAAGUGCCUGACAGGAAAAGCAGCGUUUCUAUAGAGAGAAAAUACGAAACCUUCGUGGCCAACCGAUAAUUCCUUUUCCUCCGGGUUAAAAACAGAAGGAGGAGGCUUAACAAGGAAGCAAUGGCUGAAUCUUCCACAAUUAGCAAACCACUGAUGGCUGAACGGCCUCUUAAAAAUGUGCUGGAUUGCAAUGGUCUAGAUACUUCACAGAUCCAGGAGCAUCGGUCUGCCGGCAAAUCAGAAUCCAUCUGCCUUGAGGAGAACCCUACAACACUGCCUUCUGUCUGUCCAAGCCCACACGGCAAGGGUGAAGAAUCUCCUAGCAAUAGUAUAAUCUAUAGCCUAGGUGCCAAUCAGUGUUUUCACUGCCUAAUCACUUUCCCGGAUGAGAAGUUCAAGGAACGGCACAUGAAGCGGGAGCACCCGGAGGACUUUGUCCAGGCCAACCUGCGCGAUGCCCUUUUUGUCUGCUUCAUUUGCAACAAGGCUUUUGAGAGUUCUCGGGCUCUCAUCUGCCACCAGCGGCGUCACACACCAGCACCUUCUGACUGCAUGCGGCCCUCCUUUGACUGCCCUGACUGUGGUCGCCGCUUUGGCCAGCUGGUCAACUUCCAGCAUCACCGCCUGGGCCACGCUGCUGGCCACAGCUUGCCUCACCAGUGCCCGGACUGUGGCAAGAGCUUCCGACAACUUUCAAACUUGCGCCGGCACCAGGCUUUCCAUCAGCAGACUCAGGAAUUGCUGCCCUCCCGCCCUUAUUCGUGCAUGGAGUGUGGGGAGAGCUUUAACCAAGAGGCGGGGUUGCAUGAACAUUACAUCCGCCAUGCCCGUGGGGAGCUCUAGCAAUUGCUCUCACUAUAUGGAUGAAUUCUACGGAGGCAGAAAGAUGACAGGCAUUGCUGUGUGAGGUUCCAAGCUAGAAUGUCUAAAGGAACUGUAUUAUUUAGGUUGGGAAUUUGGAAGGAAAAGCCUACUCAUGCAGUAAAGGUUGUGCUUGGUUUCGUUUCAGGUAGGAAUUGUUCAGAGGUGUGUGUGAAGGGUUUUUUUCCUGAGAGCAAGAACAAUUGGUGAAUCGGAGGGGAACUUCCCUGUUUAGAAGGUGCUGAUUUCCACUGAGUUUGUUGCCAGAUUUGAUGCUGCUUAUGUUGUUGGGAAGCUCCUGUCAGCAAACUCCCAAUGCUUUUGGGGUUUUCCGGACAUGUGAGAUCUGCUGUUGCCACAACCUUUUUAUUUUGUGGUGCUGGUAGAGGAAAGAGAUUUGGAGUUCUGUGAGUCCUUCAGGAAAACUGUUUACCUUUAUCAGAAGGUAGGGAUGUGAGUGAUCUGACCAAGAACCCAGAAGGGGCUAACAUGGGGGCCUAUAUUCUAAUCGGACUGUGCCCUUGUAGAUUCCCAUCGGGGAAGCAGAACUCAGAUGCAGCAAUGGUCUGCUUUCAUAAAGGCACUUCGUAAUUGCACAGACGCACUUGAAACCAUGAUGUAGGAGACUAAUCAGUGAUUAAAUGUUGACUGCUUUAUCUUUGCCCUUCUCGGCUAAAUGGAACUGAAUAUGUGAAAGAAAAAGAUGGCAUGGUUCUGGAGCCUGAACACAAUAUUCCAUCAGCAGAAUUAUGGAUUUCGUAAGAUUUAAUAUAUUGCUGAAAAAUUUUCCUCCCCUGGAUUAUACAUAGCUUUUGUCCAGAAUAGGGGUUUGAAAGCAGUCUCUUCAACUGUGAAUAUUCCAGAUAAUGAAUCUUGGACUCAUUGAAUGUGUGAUUGUCCCUAUGGCUUCCCGGUCUAAACUCCUUGAUGUACGUUCCCCAAAAUUAUAUGAAAAAACUAAUAAUCUGGAUUUGGGGCAAUCUAGAUAUUGUUUCCAGACAAGGCCUUCUGACUGAUGGAAUUUUACAGGGAUCUAUAUGGCUCUGUCUUUUAUUUGUAAUCCUGUAAUGUUUUCUGGCCACAUGGUCCAUGUUCUACUACCACAGAAAAUCUGUUAAGGAGGGAUAC